AUGUCUAAUCCCACGACCUCCUACAAACAGCGAAAGGAGGACUUUGUGUCGAACCUAUCCGGCGGACCCGUAUCCGAGAUCAACAAUGUCACAGCCGUCGCGUUGGUCGCCGUGUUGCUCUGGUCUGCCCUGCAGGCUCGCCACUCCUUCUUUCAGCCCGUGAGCGCGCUCGGCCACCUCGUCGACUACGGCCUCAACGUUUGCGCCAUCCUACUCGCCACCACGCUCUACUCGAAGUCACCCCUCCUUCUUUGUAUCUUCCUCGCGACGCCAGUGGUCCUCGUGUACAUGCUCCCGCCCUCGGCGCCCAGCAAGAAGAAACUUGCCGUGCCCCCGCCGACAAUCGAUGCGACCAAGUCCAACGAGCGAAGCCGAGACCUGGCUCUUGACCUGGUGCCCGUCAAGCCCUUCCUGACGACAUACCGCGGGUCCAUGCAGAUAAUCACCUACAUUGCCAUCCUUGCUGUCGAUUUUCGCAUGUUCCCGCGGCGCUUCGCCAAGGUCGAGACCUGGGGCACGUCGCUCAUGGAUCUGGGUGUCGGCUCGUACGUCUUCACCGCUGGCGUCGUCGCCGCGCGCCCGGUGCUUAAGGAAAAGGCAAGCGGGCGAUCGCAGUCGCCGUUUAUGCGGCUGCUCCAGUCGCUUCGUCACUCCAUUCCCUUGUUGACGCUCGGUCUCAUUCGCUUCCUUAGCGUCAAGGGCCUCGAAUAUGCCGAACACACGACUGAAUAUGGCGUGCACUGGAACUUUUUCUUUACGCUUGGCUUUCUACCGCCGUUUGUGGCUCUGUUCCAAGAAAUUCUGCGCUUCAUCCCGUCGUACGCGGCGCUGUCCAUGUUUGUGUCGGGCUUAUACGAGUUUGCUCUCAACAAGACUGAUCUCAAAGCAUACAUCUUGACGGCACCCCGUGUCGAUCUUAUUUCAAUGAAUCGUGAAGGCAUAUUCAGCUUUCUGGGAUACUUGGCCAUCUUUCUCGCUGGUCAGGACCUGGGCAUGUUUGUGCUUCCGCGCAAGGUGAACCCGCGGAGCGACGCUCAGGCCGGCGUGCAGCGUAACACGUUGCUAAUGACCAUGGCCGUAUGGGCGGGCAUCUGGGUGCUACUGUACAACUGGUCUACGAGCUAUUCGUAUGGACUGGGACUGACUGUGUCGAGACGCAUGGCGAACUUGCCAUACGUGCUCUGGGUCGCAGCAUUCAACUCGGUGUUUGUGCUCGGAUACUGCAUUGUUGACACCAUGUUUUUCCCCGCGUUUUACAACGCCACUGACAAGAAGUCGGAAAAGGAAGCCUACGAGUUUGCCACGAGCAAGCUCAUGCGAGCUUUCAACCGCAACGGCCUCGGCCUGUUCCUUGUCGCCAACCUCCUGACUGGACUUGUGAACAUGACAGUUCCCACGCUGGACGUGUCUCCGGUGGUGGCAAUGGUUAUUAUGCUGGCUUACACUGGUGUACUAAGUAUAAUGGCAAUUGUGCUUGACAACUACAACAUAUCCAUCAAGCUAUAG